UGUGUGUGUGUGUGUCUCUGCAGGAUCACGGAUCAGCGGUUCGAGCGGCUGCCGUAUUUCGUCUUCGGGGACUUUAACUUCAGGUUGGACUCCAAGCAGGUCAUUGAGAGUCUCUGCUCGACCGCCACCAUGCAGACGGUGAGAUCCGCUGACACGAAUGAAGUGCAGAAACUGAUCUUCAGAGAGUCCGACAACGACCACAAGGUCCUCCUUCAGCUGGAGAAGAAGCUGUUUAACUACAUUAACCAGGACGUUUUCCGGGAAAACAAUGGAAUGCAGCUUCUAGAGUUUGACCGAGAGCUGUGUGUGUUUAAGGAGCGUCUUCAUGAGCUGGACAUCUCGUUUCCUCCAAGUUACCCGUACAGUGAGGACUCGAGUCAGGGAAAGCAGUACAUGAACACUCGAUGUCCCUCCUGGUGCGACCGAAUCCUCAUGUCCUCCUCGGCCAAAGACCUGAUCAUGAAGCCGGAGAACGAGGAGAAAUCAAUAACGUAUGACAACAUCGGACCCAAUGUGUGUAUGGGAGACCACAAGCCGGUCUACUUGUACUUUCGGUUAAACACAGGGGCAGGUAAACCUAAUGCAAAUAAGCACAAGUGUUGUGUCGUGCAGUGAUGUGGAAAACGGUGCCAAAAGGUGGAGAGGAUUUCAUGAAAAGCGGCCCUGUGCGAAGCUCCAACACGGGUGGAUGGACACACACACACACACACACACACACACACACACACACACACACACGCACGCAAACAGAGGACUCUGUAAAGACUUUUCAGCAGGACUGACCAGUCGCAUUUGUCGCAGUGCAUGCAAUCAUGUCCAUAGAAACGACACAUUGAGUUCAUGAAUGCUUCAAGAGUCGAGAUCAUGGACACACACACACACACACACACACACACACACACACUCACACUCACACACACUCAAUCUCCAUCAGAUGCUCUUCUCUGACGUCUCUCAGCCUUGUUUCCAAAACUCUAAUAUAGACCAUCAGAAAUUACUCUACAGAUU